AUGCCCGCCCGACUGGCCCCCGACGCCCUGCGCCCUACGGCCCUCACCCUUCCCGCACCCUGUGCUGCACGCUCUCCCCGGCCUGGCCCGCGCGCUACGUUUCUCGGCCUGCUGGGCCCUGGACCAGCUGCUGGGCUGCUGGGCGCCGGCCGCACGCCCGAGCGACCAGAUCUGGCUGAGCGCCGCAGCGGGCGCCGGAGCGGCUCUGUCGCUGCUGCUGCUUGUCGGCCUGCCUGUGGCACUGCCGGACCUGCUGCUGCAAGCCUGGCGCCGUCCCUUCUGCUACCAGCCCCCUCCGCAGUGCUGGGCGCCCCCCACGCCCUGGCGCCCCCCCCAAUUGAGCCCGCGCGCAGCUUCAGCUUCUUCGGCGUCAACCUGUGCCUGCUCCCCGACCGGCUGGCGCACAACCAGCGGCGGGCCGAGACCGUGGGCCCCGUGCUGCUCGCCGGCCUGCGGCAUUCGCCCUAUGGGGCUACCGGCUGCAGUUGGCCAGUGCAGGGGUGCCGUGUCCGCCCACCGGCCGCGGCGAUCCGGAACCGGGAAGGGGGCGGGGCAUGGGGUCGAACGCGCGAAGGUCCCCAAGCGCAGCUGGGCAUCCCGGACGGGCGCCACAUCGUGGGCUUCCUGCACUGCACGCAUUUGCAUUCGCCGAGCGAGGACGGGCUCCUGCGCCGCACACAGCUGACGCUGUUGCUGGACUGGGCCGAGCUGUCCGAGGUUGAGAGCCGCCAAAGUGACGAGGCCGUGGCCUUCAGUGUGCGCCUGGGUGACCACAACUUCGACAACUGCGCGCUUAGGAACGCUGCUGAGAUCCUGCAAUCUCCGCCACUCCGUGGCCUGCCCCGCGGAGAUGCUGAGGGCCUUGGAAAGGAGGAAGGGCGCCGCCACUCCCUGGCAGGCCCUCCCAGGGGAGGCCGCCCGGCUGAGCACUGGCGGGCCGGCGCCUGGACUACGUCACCUACCGAGGAGGACCCGGAGGCGUUCUGAGCCCAGUACGUGCCAGAGCUCAGGGUGCUGGGCCUGCUGGCGCUGGGGCGACCCCUCAACCUGACUCCUGCCCCCAAGAGGUGGAACGGGUGACAUUCAGCACCGCCCUGGUGGGGCUUACGGACCACCUGGCGGUGGGACUUGCAAGCCCUCCUAAGGCAGGUACGGAGGAGACAGGUGCCAGCACGGGUGGAAAGACAGACAGGGACACAGAACGUGAGCCUGGCCAGCCGCCACUGGAACAGGACGACUUCAGGAAUCUUUAUUGUGCGGGGCCCUCUCUCACACAGUCUCCUGGGCCCUGCGGUACUCAUAGACGCUGCCCCGCUCAGGGAAGGCUAGGGGCUGCAGGAGCGACGCCGGCAGAGGGGCGGGGUCCUCUGGGUCCCCAUAGCCCCCGCCGCCUGGUGUGUGGAGACAGAACACAUCCUGUGGGGCAGAGGGGAGGUUCAGUGUGGGGAUGGGCUCUGCCUGUCUCCUGCCGCCAUCCCAUCCCCGGCGGGGCAGUGCAGCCACAGCAGCCAGCUGGGACCCCAGAGUCUGCAGCCCCCAUCCUUCAGGAGCCAAAUUAAACUCCGUCUCUAGUUAUCUG